CUUCUACAGAAUUAUAACCCUUUACUAUUCUUACUCACUAUAUUGACCGAUCGGAAAAAAUGGCUGACGAGAUGAACCCAAUUCACAAGAAGGUCCCAAUGCUCGUUCAUAAUGGAAAACCCAUCUGUGUGUCGCUCAUCCAAGUCCAGUACAUUGACGAGGUGUGGAAGGACAAGGCUCCGUUGCUCCCUUCUGAUCCUCAUGCCAGAGCACAAGCUUGGUUCUGGGCUGAUUAUGUUGAUAAGAAGCGUUUAUCCAUUUCGGGUUUUGAGAAUGUUUAAGCUAGCUUUGAAUAUAGCACAUAUUAUUUUGGUGGCCUAUAAGCAAUGUUUUCAUGAAUUGAACUAUGUUUGUCUAAAAUGGGUAAAUUUUGUCCCUUGUUUUGUUAUUCUUGUUUUGUUGAUGUCGUACAGUAAACUUAAAUGGGUGGC